UACAAACAAAUGCUGACCUGGUUCAGCAAUAUCCAAUAAUUUUUGUUUAUCUCAGUUAGAUAAAAGUUCUAUUUCUUUAAAUUAUCAAGUAGAGAAAUGGAUACAUUCUAUGAAGCUCUUAGCUUUUAUCGUAAAAGGAAAUUUGAAAAAUCUGCAUUACUAUGUACAGAACUCUUAGAUAAAAAUCCUUAUGACCAGGCUGCUUGGACAUUAAAAAUGAAAGCUUUGACAGCACAAAUUAUGGUUGAUGAUAUUGAAGCUGAGGAGGAAGGAAUAGCUGAUUCACUAUUGGAUACAGAAACUAUUGCACAAGCUGCUAGACCAGGAACAUCUUUGCGUACAGCACCAGCAGCAACAGCUGCUGGUUUGAGGCCCCGAGGGAACACAGGAAGAGCUGUUAGUGGAAUGGUGCGACCAGCUACACAAUCAGGUCUUGGAACUUCUUUAGAAAAUGCAUUAAAAACUCCCCGCACAGCAAGAUCAGCGAGACCAGUCACAACUCAUGCUGCUCGAACACUCAGGCUGGGAACAGCAUCAAUGAUGACACAACCUGAUGGUCCUUUCAUACAAGUGAGCAGGUUGAAUAUGUCAAAGUAUGCAAGCUUGGAGGGCAUUGCCAAACCUUUGUUUUUGUAUAUUUUUUAUCAUGAAAAUGAUGUAAGAAAUGCAUUGGAUUUAGCAGUAGAAGCAACUAAAGCAGCUCAGUUUAAGGACUGGUGGUGGAAGGUUGCUCUAGGAAAAUGCUAUGCUCUUUUGGGUUUAGUCCGUGAUGCUGAACAACAAUUCAGAUCUGCUCUAAAACAAGUACCAACUGUUGAUGCAUUCCUCCGUUUAAGCUCUAUUUACACUAAGUUAGACCAGCCGUUAAAUGUUUUAGAGGUUUGUACAGCAGCUUUGAAAAUUUUUCCAAAUGAAGUUACUCUUCAGACUGAAAUCGCAAGAAUAUUAGAGGCUCUUAACAACAUGCCAACCUCAGUCAAAUAUUAUCGUGAAAUAUUGUCUGAAGAAGCUAUGAAUGUUGAAGCAAUUGCAUGUAUUGCUGUCAACUACUUUUAUAGUGACCAACCAGAAGUUGCUUUGUGUUUCUACAGGAGACUGCUUCAGAUGGGCCUAUAUAAUGCUGAACUUUUUAAUAAUAUUGGGCUAUGUUGCUACUACGCACAACACUAUGACAUGGUCGUAAACUGUUUUGAAAGAGCAUUGAGUUUAGCGAUUGAUGAGGCAGCAGCGGAUGUAUGGUAUAAUAUUGCCCAUGUAGCCAUUGUAGGGUGUAGGAGACUUGAUGGUGGCAAUCCAGUGUUUGAGACUUUGUAUAUCAAUUGAUUCAAAUCAUGCUGCAGCUUAUAACAACUUAGGAGUGUUAUUGAAUAAGAAAGGACAAACACGUGAUGCUUAUGGAUAUUUUACAGCAUCCCAAAAUUUGGGUUCAUAUUUAUUUGAACCAUUUUACAAUCAUUCUUUACUGUCUAAAAAUGUAAGUAAUAUAAAACAAAUAUAAUUUUACUUAGUAUUAUUCUAUCUUAAUCUUAACAGAAAAAGUGUUGUUUUAGGCUGGCGAUCUACAGACUAGUUACAAUACAGUUCAGAAGAGUUUGAAGAUUUAUGCAAAUCACAUGCCUUCAAAAGACAUCCUGAAUUCAUUAGAAAAAUAUUUCAAAAAUAUAUAAAUUAUAAAUUAAAACAGAUACAGUUAAGUGUAAGCAACUGUUUCAAUAAUGGGCGAUCAAACUUGCACGUUUGAAGAAUUAUUUUUACAAGUUUUAUCAUGAACCGUUUUUAUUGUAUACUAGAGAUGUAUUUUGAUAUUGUAGAACUGGAAUUUGAAAAUGGUUUACAAAGCCUUAAAAUUAUUCAUAGAGAUUUAUUUGGAAAUAUUUAAAUAGCUAAUAAAUUAUUAUUUUUCAUAAUACUCUGACUGUAAAAUACCAAUCUUUAGUCCAUAUUACAUUUAUAUUAUGUGAUGUAAAUUCAAAGCAAAACAUUACAAAAAUAAAAAACAAAGU